AUGGACUAUUUCGAUUUCAACAUGCAUUUGCCAUUCGACCAACUCGGUGCUACACCACGCGAUGAACACCCGCGCGCACAAUCGAACCAGACCAUCUCUGUGUCCACAGCGUUCCACCCAGACGUACACAUCGACAACAUCUAUCCGGACAUCAUGCUUGUCUCAUCUGACCAAGUGUUCUUCCACGUGCACCUUCACCGGCUGCUCAGCGCAUCUGACAACGGCUUCAACGCGCUCCUGCCUCCGCCUCCCGAUGGCUCCGGUCUUGUCCCUAUUGUUGUGCUCCCCGAACCCGCAGAGAUUCUCAACAUCGCCCUUCAUGCCAUUUAUAAUGUCCCCGCCAGCCAGUACGCACCCUCCUUUGAGACGCUCUCAGGCACGCUUGACAUGCUCAUGCGCUACGGCAUCCCGCCCGCUCGAAUGGUACUCCCGCCCACGCCGCUUUACGCGCUCCUCCUUUCGCACGCCCCUCUCCGGCCUAUUGACACUUACGCCCUUGCCGCCGCACACUCGCUCGAGGACCUUGCCGUAGCUGUCUCCGCACAUCUCCUCUCCUUCUCCCUGCCCGCGCUGACCGAUGAGCUUGCGGCGCGCAUUGGCGCGCACUACCUGAAGCGGCUCUUCCUCCUGCACCACAACCGCUUGACCGCGCUGAAGCAGCUCCUCCUCCAGCCUCCCGCAGCGCACGUGGACACGCCGGCAUGCGGCGGCUCAGAGCAACGGCGGCUCACGCGCGCGUGGGCGCUCGCCGCGGCGCACCUUGUAUGGGAUGCUAGACCGAAUCUGUCAAUGAAUAUGCUCCAAGCGGCGCUACGCCCGCUCGAGCGAGACCUGACGUGUGAGCUGUGUGCAUUCGCAUUGCGCGAUCGGAUUGCGGUGCUUAUCACGGAUUGGUCCGCUGUUAAGGUGCGACGCCCGUUAGCCCUGGUUGACAGCUAA